AUGAGUCUAGAUACAUUACCUAAAAACUUACCUAUUCAUCCUAAAGCAGCAAGAUAUUUACAUGAUGUAACAUUGAAUGACUACAGUAAGUAUCUUAAACAAUGUCAAACAGAAUUAAAUUCGACUUUGAAUCAGAUUAUCGACACAACUUUAUUCCUUGAUGAUGAUUUACCGAGUGCUUUAUUACAAAGUUUAGAGGAUGCAAACAACAAUUUACAAGAUCAAUAUUGUCAAUGGAAAAUUAGUCAAAACACGUUACAAGAAGCGAAAAACCAAUAUAGAAAUGAUUCAGAUAAAUACGAGAGAAUAACAGAGUUAGCUGAUUGGCAAAAUUAUGUUAAUCCCAAAAACACAUUAAAGGGUCCAAAAAGUUUACUGGAUUAUUAUAAGGAAACUUUAGAUAAGAAUCAGUCAUCCACAACACUAUCAACAACAAAGUUGGAUGAAAAGGAUAAGACCGCAACUUUGCUUAAAAUAUUACCACAAGUAUGGAAAGAUCCAACUGCAGUGAUCAGAGAUGAUAAAUCAACUAAUGAGGAAGAGGACGAUAUAAAAAUCGAAGGUGGUUCUAUUGAAUUAAUAUGUCCAAUCACUUGUAAACCCUUUGAGAUACCGAUGAUAUCUAAGAAAUGUGGACAUACUUUUGAUAAACAGGGGAUUAUAACUUAUCUUGGUGGUCCACAUAGUAGAGCAAGUAAAGAUUGUCCGCAAACUGGUUGUAGUAAAUCUGUCUCAAUUAGUGAUUUUGAAAUAGAUGAAGUUAUGAAAUUAAGAUGUCAAAUUGCUAUGUCAUUAAAGAGAAAACAAAAGACUAAUUCCGAUUCUAAUUCAAUUGAUAUAAUUUGA